AUGUGCCUCAUUGUGCGAUCGUCAAGCCAAGGAGCCACGAGAGAGAAUAGAGGUUGCAUGGGGAGCAGCAUGAUGGGGGGAGCAGCACGAUGGGGGGAGCAGCAUGGGGAGAGCAUGGGGGAAGCAGCAUGGGGGGAGUGGCAUUGGAGGAAGCAGCAGCAUGGGGGGAGCAGCAUGGGGGGAGCAGCAUGGGGGGAGCAGCAUGGGGGGAGCAGCAUGGGGGGAGCAGCAUGGGGGAAGCAGCAUAGGGGGAGCAGCACGGGGGAAGCAGCAUGGGGGGAGCAGCAUGGGGAGAGCAUGGGGGAAGCAGCAUGGGGGGAGUGGCAUUGGAGGAAGCAGCAGCAUGGGGGGAGCAGCAUGGGGGGAGCAGCAUGGGGGGAGCAGCAUGGGGGGAGCAGCAUGGGGGGAGCAGGAUGGGGGGAGCAGCAUGGGGGAAGCAGCAUGGGGGGAGCAGCACGGGGGAAGCAGCAUGGGGGGAGCAGCAUGGGGGGAGCAGCAUGGGGGAUGCAGCAUGGGGGAAGCAGCAUGGGGGAAGCAGCAUGGUGGGAGCAGCAUGGGGGGAGCAGCAUGGGGGGAGCAGCAUGGGGGGAGCAGCAUGGAGGAUGCAGCAUGGGGGAUGCAGCAUGGGGGGAGCAGCAUGGUGGGAAGCAGCAUGGGGGGAGCAGCAUGGGGGAUGCAGCAUGGGGGGAGCAGCAUGGGGGGAGCAGCAUGGGGGAAGCAGCAUGGGGGAAGCAGCAUGGGGAAGCAGCAUGGGGGAAGCAGCAUGGGGGAAGCAGCAUGGGGGAAGCAGCAUGGGGGAAGCAGCAUGGGGGAAGCAGCAUGGGGGAAGCAGCAUGGGGGAAGCAGCAUGGGGGAAGCAGCAUGGGGGAAGCAGCAUGGGGGAAGCAGCAUGGGGGAAGCAGCAUGGGGGAAGCAGCAUGGGGGAAGCAGCAUGGGGGAAGCAGCAUGGGGGAAGCAGCAUGGGGGAAGCAGCAUGGGGGAAGCAGCAUGGGGGAAGCAGCAUGGGGGAAGCAGCAUGGGGGAAGCAGCAUGGGGGAAGCAGCAUGGGGGAAGCAGCAUGGGGGAAGCAGCAUGGGGGAAGCAGCAUGGGGGAAGCAGCAUGGGGGAAGCAGCAUGGGGGAAGCAGCAUGGGGGAAGCAGCAUGGGGGAAGCAGCAUGGGGGAAGCAGCAUGGGGGAAGCAGCAUGGGGGAAGCAGCAUGGGGGAAGCAGCAUGGGGGAAGCAGCAUGGGGGAAGCAGCAUGGGGGAAGCAGCAUGGGGGAAGCAGCAUGGGGGAAGCAGCAUGGGGGAAGCAGCAUGGGGGAAGCAGCAUGGGGGAAGCAGCAUGGGGGAAGCAGCAUGGGGGAAGCAGCAUGGGGGAAGCAGCAUGGGGGAAGCAGCAUGGGGGAAGCAGCAUGGGGGAAGCAGCAUGGGGGAAGCAGCAUGGGGGAAGCAGCAUGGGGGAAGCAGCAUGGGGGAAGCAGCAUGGGGGAAGCAGCAUGGGGGAAGCAGCAUGGGGGAAGCAGCAUGGGGGAAGCAGCAUGGGGGAAGCAGCAUGGGGGAAGCAGCAUGGGGGAAGCAGCAUGGGGGAAGCAGCAUGGGGGAAGCAGCAUGGGGGAAGCAGCAUGGGGGAAGCAGCAUGGGGGAAGCAGCAUGGGGGAAGCAGCAUGGGGGAAGCAGCAUGGGGGAAGCAGCAUGGGGGAAGCAGCAUGGGGGAAGCAGCAUGGGGGAAGCAGCAUGGGGGAAGCAGCAUGGGGAAGCAGCAUGGGGGAAGCAGCAUGGGGGAAGCAGCAUGGGGGAAGCAGCAUGGGGGAAGCAGCAUGGGGGAAGCAGCAUGGGGGAAGCAGCAUGGGGGAAGCAGCAUGGGGGAAGCAGCAUGGGGGAAGCAGCAUGGGGGAAGCAGCAUGGGGGAAGCAGCAUGGGGGAAGCAGCAUGGGGGAAGCAGCAUGGGGGAAGCAGCAUGGGGGAAGCAGCAUGGGGGAAGCAGCAUGGGGAAGCAGCAUGGGGGAAGCAGCAUGGGGGAAGCAGCAUGGGGGAAGCAGCAUGGGGGAAGCAGCAUGGGGAAGCAGCAUGGGGGAAGCAGCAUGGGGGAAGCAGCAUGGGGGAAGCAGCAUGGGGGAAGCAGCAUGGGGGAAGCAGCAUGGGGGAAGCAGCAUGGGGGAAGCAGCAUGGGGGAAGCAGCAUGGGGAAGCAGCAUGGGGGAAGCAGCAUGGGGGAAGCAGCAUGGGGGAAGCAGCAUGGGGGAAGCAGCAUGGGGGAAGCAGCAUGGGGGAAGCAGCAUGGGGGAAGCAGCAUGGGGGAAGCAGCAUGGGGGAAGCAGCAUGGGGGAAGCAGCAUGGGGGAAGCAGCAUGGGGGAAGCAGCAUGGGGGAAGCAGCAUGGGGGAAGCAGCAUGGGGGAAGCAGCAUGGGGGAAGCAGCAUGGGGGAAGCAGCAUGGGGGAAGCAGCAUGGGGGAAGCAGCAUGGGGGAAGCAGCAUGGGGGAAGCAGCAUGGGGGAAGCAGCAUGGGGGAAGCAGCAUGGGGGAAGCAGCAUGGGGGAAGCAGCAUGGGGGAAGCAGCAUGGGGGAAGCAGCAUGGGGGAAGCAGCAUGGGGGAAGCAGCAUGGGGGAAGCAGCAUGGGGGAAGCAGCAUGGGGGAAGCAGCAUGGGGGAAGCAGCAUGGGGGAAGCAGCAUGGGGGAAGCAGCAUGGGGGAAGCAGCAUGGGGGAAGCAGCAUGGGGGAAGCAGCAUGGGGGAAGCAGCAUGGGGGAAGCAGCAUGGGGGAAGCAGCAUGGGGGAAGCAGCAUGGGGGAAGCAGCAUGGGGGAAGCAGCAUGGGGGAAGCAGCAUGGGGGAAGCAGCAUGGGGGAAGCAGCAUGGGGGAAGCAGCAUGGGGGAAGCAGCAUGGGGGAAGCAGCAUGGGGGAAGCAGCAUGGGGGAAGCAGCAUGGGGGAAGCAGCAUGGGGGAAGCAGCAUGGGGGAAGCAGCAUGGGGGAAGCAGCAUGGGGGAAGCAGCAUGGGGGAAGCAGCAUGGGGGAAGCAGCAUGGGGGAAGCAGCAUGGGGGAAGCAGCAUGGGGGAAGCAGCAUGGGGGAAGCAGCAUGGGGGAAGCAGCAUGGGGGAAGCAGCAUGGGGGAAGCAGCAUGGGGGAAGCAGCAUGGGGGAAGCAGCAUGGGGGAAGCAGCAUGGGGGAAGCAGCAUGGGGGAAGCAGCAUGGGGGAAGCAGCAUGGGGGAAGCAGCAUGGGGGAAGCAGCAUGGGGGAAGCAGCAUGGGGGAAGCAGCAUGGGGGAAGCAGCAUGGGGGAAGCAGCAUGGGGGAAGCAGCAUGGGGGAAGCAGCAUGGGGGAAGCAGCAUGGGGGAUGCAGCAUGGGGGAAGCAGCAUGGGGGAUGCAGCAUGGGGGAAGCAGCAUGGGGGAUGCAGCAUGGGGGAGGCAGCAUGGGGGAAGCAGCAUGGGGGAAGCAGCAUGGGGGAAGCAGCAUGGGGGAAGCAGCAUGGGGGAAGCAGCAUGGGGGAAGCAGCAUGGGGGAAGCAGCAUGGGGGAAGCAGCAUGGGGGAAGCAGCAUGGGGGAAGCAGCAUGGGGGAAGCAGCAUGGGGGAAGCAGCAUGGGGGAAGCAGCAUGGGGGAAGCAGCAUGGGGGAAGCAGCAUGGGGGAAGCAGCAUGGGGGAAGCAGCAUGGGGGAAGCAGCAUGGGGGAAGCAGCAUGGGGGAAGCAGCAUGGGGGAAGCAGCAUGGGGGAAGCAGCAUGGGGGAAGCAGCAUGGGGGAAGCAGCAUGGGGGAAGCAGCAUGGGGGAAGCAGCAUGGGGGAAGCAGCAUGGGGGAAGCAGCAUGGGGGAAGCAGCAUGGGGGAUGCAGCAUGGGGGAAGCAGCAUGGGGGAUGCAGCAUGGGGGAUGCAGCAUGGGGGAAGCAGCAUGGGGGAAGCAGCAUGGGGGAAGCAGCAUGGGGGAAGCAGCAUGGGGGAAGCAGCAUGGGGGAAGCAGCAUGGGGGAAGCAGCGUGGGGGAAGCAGCAUGGGGGAAGCAGCAUGGGGGAAGCAGCAUGGGGGAAGCAGCAUGGGGGAAGCAGCAUGGGGGAAGCAGCAUGGGGGAAGCAGCAUGGGGGAUGCAGCAUGGGGGAAGCAGCAUGGGGGAAGCAGCAUGGGGGAAGCAGCAUGGGGGAAGCAGCAUGGGGGAUGCAGCAUGGGGGAAGCAGCAUGGGGGAUGCAGCAUGGGGGAUGCAGCAUGGGGGAAGCAGCAUGGGGGAAGCAGCAUGGGGGAAGCAGCAUGGGGGAUGCAGCGGAUGCAGCAUGGGGGAAGCAGCAUGGGGGAAGCAGCAUGGGGGAAGCAGCAUGGGGGAAGCAGCAUGGGGGAAGCAGCAUGGGGGAAGCAGCAUGGGGGAAGCAGCAUGGGGGAAGCAGCCAUGGGGGAAGCAGCAUGGGGGAAGCAGCAUGGGGGAUGCAGCAUGGGGGAAGCAGCAUGGGGGAAGCAGCAUGGGGGAAGCAGCAUGGGGGAAGCAGCAUGGGGGAAGCAGCAUGGGGGAAGCAGCAUGGGGGAAGCAGCAUGGGGGAAUGCAGCAUGGGGGAAGCAGCAUGGGGGAAUGCAGCAUGGGGGAAGCAGCAUGGGGGAAUGCAGCAUGGGGGAAGCAGCAUGGGGGAAGGGAAGCAGCAUGGGGGAAGCAGCAUGGGGGAAGCAGCAUGGGGGAAGCAGCAUGGGGGAAGCAGCAUGGGGGAAGCAGCAUGGGGGAAGCAGCAUGGGGGAAGCAGCAUGGGGGAAGCAGCAUGGGGGAAGCAGCAUGGGGGAAGCAGCAUGGGGGAAGCAGCAUGGGGGAAGCAGCAUGGGGGAAGCAGCAUGGGGGAAGCAGCAUGGGGGAAGCAGCAUGGGGGAAGCAGCAUGGGGGAAGCAGCAUGGGGGAAGCAGCAUGGGGGAAGCAGCAUGGGGGAAGCAGCAUGGGGGAAGCAGCAUGGGGGAAGCAGCAUGGGGGAAGCAGCAUGGGGGAAGCAGCAUGGGGAAGCAGCAUGGGGGAAGCAGCAUGGGGGAAGCAGCAUGGGGGAAGCAGCAUGGGGGAAGCAGCAUGGGGGAAGCAGCAUGGGGGAAGCAGCAUGGGGGAAGCAGCAUGGGGGAAGCAGCAUGGGGGAAGCAGCAUGGGGGAAGCAGCAUGGGGGAAGCAGCAUGGGGGAAGCAGCAUGGGGGAAGCAGCAUGGGGGAAGCAGCAUGGGGGAAGCAGCAUGGGGGAAGCAGCAUGGGGGAAGCAGCAUGGGGGAAGCAGCAUGGGGGAAGCAGCAUGGGGGAAGCAGCAUGGGGGAAGCAGCAUGGGGGAAGCAGCAUGGGGGAAGCAGCAUGGGGGAAGCAGCAUGGGGGAAGCAGCAUGGGGGAAGCAGCAUGGGGGAAGCAGCAUGGGGGAAGCAGCAUGGGGGAAGCAGCAUGGGGGAAGCAGCAUGGGGGAAGCAGCAUGGGGGAAGCAGCAUGGGGGAAUGCAGCAUGGGGGAAGCAGCAUGGGGGAAGCAGCAUGGGGGAAGCAGCAUGGGGGAAGCAGCAUGGGGGAAGCAGCAUGGGGGAAGCAGCAUGGGGGAAGCAGCAUGGGGGAAGCAGCAUGGGGGAAGCAGCAUGGGGGAAGCAGCAUGGGGGAAGCAGCAUGGGGGAAGCAGCAUGGGGGAAGCAGCAUGGGGGAAGCAGCAUGGGGGAAGCAGCAUGGGGGAAGCAGCAUGGGGGAAGCAGCAUGGGGAAGCAGCAUGGGGAAGCAGCAUGGGGGAAGCAGCAUGGGGGAAGCAGCAUGGGGGAAGCAGCAUGGGGGAAGCAGCAUGGUUGA